UUCUGAUUCCAUUCCAUUUCAUUUUGUUGAUGGGAUGCUGAAAACUAAAAAGUGAAAAGAAAAUUGAAAUUGGAAAUUCUGCAGUCAUCAAAUGUUUACAUCAUAUUAAAUAAUAAUUUGUAAUAUUUGCCAUUUUCUUUACAAAUAUUGUUGUUUUCUAUAAUCUAAUUUGGUGCGACAAAAAAUCGACAUCGAGGAAAACGCGACAUUAAAUUCAAAUAAUAUAGUGUUAAAGCUAUUAUAAUCCAACCACGAAUUUCUUCAAAGCCUUUGCUACAAUGGUGCAAAAAGGUCCUCGUCCUUUGGUAUUGUGCGGACCUUCGGGUUCAGGGAAAAGCACUUUACUAAAGCGUCUUCUGAAAGAGUUCCCGGAUAAAUUCGGGUUCAGUGUGUCACACACAACCCGCGGUCCUCGGCCCGGGGAAAAAGAUGGUGUUCAUUAUCACUUUACUACCAAAGAUGAGAUGGUAGCGGCCAUUGAAAGAGGUGAAUUCAUAGAAACUGCUACAUUCAGUGGAAACAUGUAUGGAACCAGUAAACGUGCAGUAGAAGAUGUCCGUCGUACAGGCAAGGUCUGCAUUCUUGACAUUGAGAUUGAAGGUGUGAAACAGAUCAAGCGUACCGACUUAGAUCCACUGCUUGUAUUUGUGAUGCCACCAUCUAUCGAAGAGUUGGAAAGACGUUUGCGAGGCCGUAACACAGAGGAUGAAGAUGCAUUAAAAAAGAGGCUUGAAACAGCCCGUCAAGAAAUUGUGUAUGGUAGGGAGCCUGGAAACUUUCACAUUAUCAUUGUGAAUGCCAAGUUGUCUAAAGCUUAUUCUGAGUUACGUGACUUCAUUUUCCAGAAUAUAGUGGAGAAAGAAUCAGAACCAGAUGCAACACAGGCACAGGAGUGAAGAGCAUGCGUGCCAAUUGAUACUAAUUAAUAAAAACGCUUGUUUACCUUGCAAAACUCCAAAUAUUCCCUUCGUGGUCUGUAAGGAGUUGAUGAAUAAGAUUACAAGUCUGUGCUGCCCAGUAAACAGUAUCAAUGAAAAUAGCUUUUACAAUUUAUUUAAAAGGUAUGUGUAUAUAUACCUAGGUACAUAACUUUUCUAAUAAAUACAAAUCUAAUCUCCUAAUAAAAGUAUUUUUGUGUGUAAUGGGUACCAAAAUACAAUUAUCUAAUAUUGUUAUUUUUGAAAUAAUAAUUAUGUUAAAUUUCAGAUUUCUAAAUUAUUCUAAACCAUUCCGUAAAUUGUUUUGUGAUCACUUGCUAUAUUUUUAUUUACGCUUUUUUUAAAAUUCAACAGUCAAUUUAAAUUGAUUGUCUAUAAAGAAGUAAUACUAAGUUUUAAAAGAAGUUAUUUAGUUAUUGUAAUAUUUAAACUAUUAUGAAUAGUAAAUAUGUAUGUCAUACCACAAAAACUUUAGAUGCGGUUUACAAUGACGUUAAUUAAUUAUUUUAAACACAUGCAUUGUAUAAACCAAACGGUUUAUUAACCGCACCUUAAGUUUAUGUAAAAAGGCAUUAAAAAUUAAAUCUAUGUAAUUAACCAUUAUCUGUGUGAAUUAAAUGUUGUAGAAAAAUCUUGUUUUAUUUUGUCCCAAAUUUUUAUUUAAUUAUUUAAAAAAAGUUGUAUGCAUGAAUUUACCAUAGACAGUACCUGACAUACUCAUUAGUAAU